AUGGCGGACUUCACCCCGGAGCAGCUGGAGGCGUGUCUGCUGCAGCUCACGCACCCGGACACGGAGCAGAUCAAGCAGGCGGAGGCGGCGCUCAAGGCCUACACCAAGCAGAUCGCGGCCGUGGGCGGCCUGCUCACGCAGCUGCAGCACUCGGCCAAGCCCGAGGUGCGCCAGCUGGCCGCGCUCAUGCUGCGCAAAAAGAUCUUCAAGCACUGGCCCAAGCUGGACGCCGCCGCGCAGGCGCAGGCCAAGCAGGUGCUGCUCUCGCGCGCCGCUGAGGACCCCGUGCACGCUGUGCGUUCCACCGUGGCCACGCUCAUCACGGCGCUGGCCCUGCACGAGGUGCCGUCGGGCAACUGGCCCGAGCUCAUGGUGUUCAUCAACACGUGCGCCAACAGCGCCAGCGUGGACCAGCGCGAGAUGAGCAUGAAGCUGCUGCAGCUGCUGGGCGAGUCCAUGGGCACGUCGCUGCAGCCGCACUUCAACGACCUCAAGCAGCUCUAUGCCAAGGCGCUGCAGGACCCGGAGAACCUCAAGGUGCGCGUCGGCGCCAUGCGCGCGGCCUGCAGCCUCGUGGAGUUCCUGGAGGAGGCCGACCUGCGCGGCUUCCGUGAGCUCGUGCCGCUCAUGAUCACUGUGCUGCAGCAGUGCGUGUCCAGCGGUGCCGAGGCUGAGGCUGUGGAGUUCAUGGACGUGUUCUCGGAGAUCGCCUCGCACCCGUUCCCCAUCCUGGACCAGGCCUUCCCUCAGUUCAUCGAGCUGCUGCUUCAGAUCAUCCUCGCGGAGCAGCUGGAGGUCAGCACGCGCGCCUCGGCCAGCUACGCUAUCGGCGAGUUCAUCAAGAAGAAACCGAAGACCAUCGGCAAGAAGAACCUCGUGGCCAAGAUCUUCACCACCAUGCUGGACAUUGUGGCCGCCGACGAGGCUGUGUCCUGCGGUCUGAUCUCCAACCUUCUUGAGCGCGAGAGCAAGGCCGACGGCGACGACGACGAUGAGGACGACGAGUCCCCCGGCCACCUGGCCCAGCAGACUCUGGACUCGCUGGCCCUGAGCGUGCCCGCCAAGUACCUGAACCCCGUCGUGUUCGGCAUCUGCAACGAGUACAUCACGUCGCAGGACGCUCGCAAGCGCAAGGCCGGCGUGCUGGCUCUUGGCAUCCUGUCGGAGGGAUGCUGCGACUUCAUGUGCCAGAACCUGAACGAGCUGCUGCCCGCUGUGUACCGCGUCGCCCAGGACGCUGACCAGCACGUGCGCGAGGCUGCCUGCUUCGCUCUCGGCCAGUUCGCUGAGUUCCUGCAGCCCACGAUUACGGACCACUACACGGACAUCCUGCCGAUUGGUCUGACGCUUCUGGACGACGGCUCCAAGGUGAUCAAGGCCACGGCCCUGUACGUCCUUGACGAGAUCACGCAGAGCAUGGAGAGCGAGCAGGUGCUGCCGUACCUCGAGACGCUCGUGUCCAAGCUUGUGGCUGUCCUUCGCACGGGCUCGCCGCAGCUGCAGAAGAUGGCUCUGGACGCCGUUGGCUCGAUUGCCAUUGGCGCCAAGGACGCAUUCCUGCCGUACUUCCCGUCGGUGGCUGAGCUGAUCCAGCCGUUUUGGGGCAUCACGGACCCCAAGUUCUUCUUCCUGCGUGGUGCCGCCAUCGAGUGCCUGGGCUACCUGGCCACUGCUCUGGGCAAGGAGCCGUUCCGCCCGUACUUCGCGCCUUCGAUGCCGUUCGUGUUCUCUUCGUUCGAGCUCGAUGACUCGGAGCUGAAGGAGCAGGCUUUCGUGUACUUCAUCAACGUGUCGAGCAUCUUCAAGGAGGAGUUCGCCCCGUUCCUUGAGCAGGCUGCCACCCACGUGCUGCAGGCCAUUGUCAGCGACGAGGGUCUCCGCGUCAUGGACGACGACGAGGACGUGCUUGAGGGCCUGGACUCCGACGACGAGGAGGACGGUGACGACCACGUCCUGCGCCACAUCAGCAUCCGCACCGACGCCCUGAACUCCAAGGUCCGCGCUGUCGCUGCUGUCGAGGAGCUGGCCCUGAACUGCGGUGGCCCCAUGUUUGAGCCUUACAUCCCGAAGUUCCUGGAGGCUCUCGCUCCGCUCACGGAGUACAUCCACGAGGACGUGCGUGGCGCCGUUGCCGAGGCUCUCGCUGCCCUGGUGAUCUGCUCGUUCGAGGCUUCGCACGCCUCGAGCGGUGACGUGCAGGUGUGGACCAAGGGUGACUUCAACAAGAACAUCCUGACGCCCAACAACGCCGUCAUCGCCUCGGCUGUGAUGAAGAGCCUGGUGGAGGAGCUCCUGGAGGACCCUGAGGAGGUCGUUGUGGAGAAGGCUUUCAACGCCAUCAAGGCCAUGAGCGCCCGCGUCGGUCCCGUCGUCACCAUGGACCACAUGAACGAGCUGCUGCGCAUUACCAAGACCGUGCUUGCUCACGAGCACGUCUGCCAGACUACCCACGAGGAGGAUGAGGACGAGGAGGAAGAGGAGGGCGGCUCCGUGCUGGAGAGCGCGUCGGAGCUGAUCGGCGUGCUUGCUAAGUGCUACGGCGAGCACUUCCUGGCCACGUUCCAGGAGCUGUUCCCGGCUCUGCUGUCGUUCGCCACGGGCCUGCGUGCCGUGCGUGAUCGUGCCGCCGCUGUGGGCUGCUUCGCCGAGGUGCUCCGUGAGCUCGGCCCGGGCGCCCUGGUCUUCGUGGAGAGCGUGUUCCCAGUCGUGCUCCAGGGUCUGGCCUCGGACAACUACGUGCUCAAGGCUAACAGCGCGUUUUGCAUGGGUAUCCUUGCGGAGAUCAGCGGUGACAAGCUCUUCAGCGCGUACGAGCAGAUGCUGCAGGCUCUGCGGCCGCUGUUCGAGACCUCGGGCAACGACGAGGUGGUGACCGACAACGCGUGCGCUGCUGUGGCUCGUAUGAUCAUCGCUGGCGGUGCCAACCUGCCUCUGGAGGCCGUGCUCCCCGUUUUCCUGGGUGGCCUGCCCCUUAAGGCUGACAUGGACGAGAGCCCCGUGUGCUUUCGCUGCCUGAACGGUCUGGUGAGCUCGCAGAACCCUGUGGCACUCAACCUGAUGCCCCAGGUGCUCGACGUGUACGCGAAGGCCCUUGCCCCCACCUCCAGCGUGGAGGAGGAGACCCAGGCCGAGGUGAAGGGAUGCGUGCGUGGCCUGCUCCAGGCCUACGAGGCCCAGAUGAAGGAGGUCAUCGCGCAGAUGAGCCCGGACGCCCAGGCUGCUCUCAGCUCGGCCCUUAACUAA